AUGGAGGUGCGACGUGAGGACCAAGAGAAGAUUAACCGCUUCAGCUCGCUGCACCAGAAAGAGACGGCCAUUGAGGAGGAGUUGAAAGCGAAGCUGGUGAGUACGACCUUCGCCAAGGUAGUGAGCCUCGUGUGGGAUUCCAAUCAAGAGCAUCGAGAUAAGGAGAAGGAGGAUCUAGAGGAGAUAUCGGGCGAGCUAGAGCUAGUGGAUGAGGAGGAGAAGGUGCCCUACAAGGUUGGCGAUUGCUUUGUCUCAUUACCGCAGCCCGAAGUCCUCGAGCUGCUCUCUUCAUCUACAGAAGCAAUUGACGGUGACGUCGAUGCCUUGAAGAAGCGCCUCGACACUGUCCACGACGAAAUGGCAGAGCUGAAAAAGUUGCUAUAUGGCAGAUUCGGAAGAAGUAUCAAUCUCGAGACGUAA